UCGACCCAACUGAAGUUGCAAACAUCCAUCGUGUGAAUUCACAGCCUCAACAAUUAGAUGAUUUCAUUGUCGAUGAUGACAACGAGGGUCUAAAUACCGAAGAAGACAACUCCUUAGAAUUAGAGAGUGACAGUGAUGAUAAUGCUGUAUAUGUAACUGAUGAUGAGGAUGAUGAAUUGUAAUUGACAUAGUGUUUUAAAUAAAAUAAAAAUUACAACCCUUCUUCUUUAAUAUGUUUGCAAUAUGUUAGUUUAUUUUAAAUAAACAAUAUGUGUUGUAUAUGUAGUAUGUCUACACCAGGUGGCAGCAGUUCGAAAAAGAAAGGCGUCAGAGGUAAAUACAAGGGCAAGAAUGUUGAGGAGGAGCUCUCCAAAACACAAUCUGCCAAGUUACCGAUUGAGGUGCACGCAGAGACUGGCACCCCCGUAGGCAAGAACGGAAAAAAAUUCAACAAUAUGGCCAAAUGGAUGACUCGGAUGUCUAUCCCCAUUAAUAAAUUCAAAUGGGAAGAUGUCAGUAGAGCUGACAUCAACGCACUGUGGGAUAGACUUGAGACCAAGUUUAUCCUCCCACGAGAUAACCCUACAUUCGUAGACUACGGUGAGUACGAGAUGUCAAAGGGUUUACGUAUUUGGAGGGCAGGCUGCAAGAAGAAGUGGAUACAAAACAUUGAGGAGCUUGGACGGAGAGGGCCGACAUGUCACCUCACGAGGGAGUAA